AUGUCCCGGAGGACGCUGGGCGGAGGUCGUGUAUUGGGCUCCGCGAACGCUCGUACUCCAGCAGCUACUCUCACAUCGCCCCAACCAAGGCCGAACAAUAUAUUAUCACCGUCCGCCAGCACUCUUUCCCUCAAUUCUCAGGCUUCGGCGUCCCAGAUUUCGUCCGAAACCCAGAACCUGACUUCCCGCAUCUCGCUCGACAAUGGGAGCGCCCCGUUGCCUGCGGCUCCGGCUGCGACCGGCGCUCAGCUAUCCUGCCCGAUUUGUAGUGAGGAGAUGGUCACGUUGCUACAGCUUAACAGGCAUCUCGACGACGUCCAUCAGAAUCUAGAAGACGACCGACAAGAUGAAGUGAAGGACUGGUUCAAGACGCAAAUGGAGAAGGCGAAGCGCUUCCAACCGCUGGCCGUCCUAAACCAGAAGCUCAAGGGUCUAGACGUAUUCGAGUCGAACGAGAACCAGCAAGCUAUGACGGGCGCAAGCCGACCACCUGGGCUCUCGAACAAUCACUCGCAAAAUCACCAUCCACCUAGCUACUCGCUUGAACAGCAGCCGAAACCGCUCGACCCGGAGGAUAUUAUAACGAAGGAGCAUUGGCAGCCUCGCGGACUCUAUGAUACUUGUCUCGAACCAUCAUGUGGGCAGCGACUCAACGCUACAAAUGGAUGCCUGGUUAGAGAUCGCAUGGAGGAGUUCAAGGCCAUAAGGAAGCCUAAUGUGGAUAAGUGCUUGUUGGAGGUAUCUCGGUUGGAGAAGCGGUUGACGAGGCUCACGCAACUGUUAGCUAGCCUCUCUCCGGAGCAGCUCCAGUCAAAUAAGAUCUGGCCGAUCCCGUUUCAGCACGAUGAGCGCAAGGCUCUUGAGCAAAUGGUCAUUGGCUGGCAGGAUGAUGCAAGUGUGCCGAGGUGUCCAUUCUGCCAACAGGAUUUCUCUAGCUACACCUUUCGAAGGCAUCACUGCCGAACUUGCGGGCGAGUUGUAUGCGGUGAUGUCGCGACUGGAUGCUCUAUUGAGGUUCCGCUAAGUGUGACUCCGAUGUCGAAAGCCUUUGUGGAGAAGUCAGUCAACGUCGGUCAAUUAAACAUUGAUGUCAGACUCUGCAAAGAGUGCAAGUCGACGCUGUUUGACAAAAGCGAUUUCGAUGCCGAUGUUGCACGGAAACCUGCGGACGUCAGGGCGUAUGAGAACCUUCGGCAGUUUGAGCGAGGGAUACGACUGCUUAUGCCCAAGUUCCAGAAACUCCUUGGCGCCUUACAAAAUCCCAGGCGGCCUCCGACAGCCAGUCAAUUGGCGGAAGCGUCGAAAAUUCGUAAACGAUUGACUGAUUCCUUUACCCAAUAUGAUACGGCUGCGAGACGAAUUCGUGGCCUGCCAACGAGUUCUCCAACACAACAACGUCUGCAAAAAGCAAUUUAUCUACAAGCUACCAAUUUCCUCCAUCUACAUAUGCUCCCUCUCAAGACCUUACCUAAAAUCUUGAAACAUGCUACUCCAAACGGCACCCAACCGAGCUUGGCAGGCUCUUCUGGGAGCCCUGGCAGCAUGCCAACAGCAGGUCACCAACGACAGAACUCUGGCUUGGGCUCAAUCAAGAGUGGGAAUAUUGCUGCCAGUGUCAGCAACAGCAGCAUGGCCAGUGAAACAAGCAGCGCGGUGUCCGCACUAGAAGCGGAGGAGAAAGCCCUGCGCGAACGACUCAUCGUGCUAGAAGAGCAGAAGUUCAUUGUUUCUGAAAUGAUCGCAGACGCGAAUCAACGGCGCAAGUUCGACGAGGUGAGUAGUCUUGCUAUGAACGUCGAAGAUCUCACUCGAGAGAUCGACCGGAUCAAUGGCCUGCUGGACGGUUUGGACUUUGAGGGUGCCUACAUGGGUAACCACUCGUGA